AUGGCGGACAGCGAGCAAAUCGCACCAUCAGCUGAAGCCAACGUUGCCAAGGACCCCAAUGAAGCUGUUUCCGAAAGCUCUGGAGCUCAAUACCAAAGCUUGGCAGGCGACAAGGAAGAGCUGCAGUAUGGGCAAAGUUGGAAAGAGAUAGAAGUGGCGGAGACACCAGAGGAAGAUAGGAACAAUAUCAAUGGCUUGACUGAGCCUCCUGAAGAUGAGCAGAAUAACCCAGACGCCGCCGAGACAUCUUCGCAGCAAACUCAGGAGCCUCUAUCUCCGUCGGCCCCUCAAUUACCGGAAAAGGACGAGCAAGGUCAGCCUCCGCCUCAAGACAGAGAGGAGGAGCAACCUACAACGGCCUCAAAAAGCAUAGGCUCACACCCAUCCACGACGACUAUGAAUGGCACAACGAUACAUCAGCGGUCUGAUAGUCAGUCCACGCAAGCUACGAAUGGUACGACUGCUGUCCGGCGAUCCUCGGCACCUUUGAGCUCCAUCGUCUUUGUUGUCUCAGCUUUGGAUCAGAUUGCAGCGUCAAAAGAAGCUAGGAAGAAGAAAGAGCUCGGAGACGCCGCACAGAAGGCGUUGGAUGCUAUCAAAAGAUUGGAUGGCUCGCCACCUCCCGAGGUCAUCUUCGAACCUCUGCGACUGGCGACAGAGACAUCUAGUAUACCAUUGACUACGACGGCGCUUGACUGCAUAGGAAAACUUAUUAGCUACUCCUACUUCUCCGUACCCCCCGGAGUCCAAGACCCUAAUGCUCCGCCUAGCUCCCACCAGCAACUCCCCUUAAUCGAUCGAGCGAUCGAAACGAUCUGCGACUGCUUUCAGAACGAAGCGACGCCAUACGAGAUACAGCUCCAGAUUGUAAAAUCUUUGCUGGCAGCUGUCUUGAAUGACAAACUUAUUGUUCAUGGGUCGGGUCUCUUGAAGGCUGUCCGCCAAGUCUACAACAUUUUCCUACUCUCAAAGUCGAAUACAAACCAGCAAGUGGCACAAGGAACACUGACUCAAAUGGUGGGUACAGUCUUUGAGCGAGUCAUGACGAGACUGUCAAUGAAAGAGGCUCGGUUGAAUCUGGCAAAAAUUGGUUCGGAGAAAGGUACUUUAAACGGCAGCACAGUCGAAAUCAACGGUAGCAGCUCCGUCUUGGAAUCAGGGGAGGGAGACGCCAAUCCUGAGCCGGACGGAGUCUCCGAAGCCAACUCAACAUGGAACUCGGAUCAGCCGGUCCCAAAAGAGCCAGGAGAACGAUUGACUCUGCAGAGCUUGGAAAAUGCUAAGAGCUUCGACGAUAGAAGGAUUGGCGAUAACGCCCCCACGAUGGUGACACCAGCAAAAUCAGCCCAAAAGCGAGCUGCCUCGGGACAAGCUUCUACAAAUGGUGACGAAGAGCACGGCAGACCCGAGACUCCGGACGAAGACGAAGAGGAUGAAAUCUUCGUGAAAGAUGCGUUUCUAGUAUUCAGGUCCAUGUGCAGGUUAAGCCACAAAGAGCUGCCACCAGAUCAGCAGCAAGAUAUCCACUCCUCGAACAUGCGCUCAAAGAUGAUAUCACUUGCCAUUAUCCGUACGACUUUGAAUAACAACAUGGCCGUUUUUACGUCACCGCUGUGUACCAUACGAGGCACGAACAAUGAGCCCACCAGCUUUGGCCAAGCCAUCAAUCAGUAUCUCCGCCUGAGUGUGAGUAGGAAUGGGGCAAGCUCCGUCAGGCGAGUAUUCGAGAUAACCGCAGAGAUUUUCUGGUUGAUGCUAAAAGACAUGAGAGUCGGUCUCAAGAGGGAAAUCGAACUGUUUCUGAAAGAGAUCUAUUUGGCUAUACUCGAGCGCAAGAACGCCCCAAGCUUCCAGAAGCUCUAUGUCAUGAAGAUCUUAAAAAGAUUAUCCACAGACCCGAGAGCCUUGGUUGAAAUCUACCUCAACUAUGACUGUGAAUCAACAGCACUUGAUAACAUGUUUCAAAGAUCGAUCGAACACUUGUCCAGAUUGUCCGGCAUGUCCGUCCCGCCCGCCAUCGUAUCACCCCAGCAGCAGCAACAGUAUCAAGAUCAGUACACCAAGGAAAGUGAUGCUGAUCUUGAUUGGCAUGACCAUGGAAAACUCCCACCCUCCUUGACGACCGCCAGUCUCAAUGCUCCAUGGAACCAUGAGUGGGAUCUACCGGUGGACUUUCUACUGAAGCAGCAAGCCUUGGAUUGCUUAGUCCGGACACUUCGAUCACUUGUCAACUGGUCUCAAGAUAGCCUUGCCGCAGGCGCUGCAAAAUUGCAUGACAUGGAGUUGCAGGAUCCCAGGGAUCGGUUUAGAGAAUCUCUAGAGCGCCUUCCAGCAGCCGGCUCUCCAAGGAUGUCCACAGCAGGCACGCCUAUUGCUCCUUCAACGCCACUCCUCGAGGAUGAUCCUAUGCAGUUGGAGAAAGCCAAGCAUCGAAAGACUGCACUCAACAACGGCAUUCGUCAGUUCAACUUCAAGCCAAAGCGUGGAGUCAAACAAUUGAUCACGGACGGAUUCAUCAGGAGUGACUCCCCUGAAGACAUUGCCGCCUUCAUCCUACAAACCGAGGCUCUGGACAAGGCAAUGAUCGGCGAGUACCUUGGCGAAGGUGAAACACAGAACAUAGCCAUCAUGCAUGCCUUUGUGGAUUCGAUGGACUUUACAAGGAGAAGAUUUGUUGAUGCAUUGCGGCAGUUUCUACAGAGUUUCCGUCUUCCAGGAGAGGCGCAGAAGAUUGACCGCUUCAUGUUGAAGUUUGCAGAGCGUUACAUUACCGGCAAUCCAAAUGCGUUUGCCAAUGCUGACACAGCCUACGUCUUGGCAUAUUCCGUGAUCAUGCUGAAUACCGAUCAGCAUAGUGUCAAAUUGAAAGCUCAAAGAAGAAUGACUGUUGAUGAUUUCAUCAAGAACAAUAGAGGCAUCAAUGAUAAUGCCAACUUACCGGACGAGUACCUUUCUGGCAUCUACAGCGAGAUUGCAGAAAAUGAGAUUGUUCUGAAUACAGAGCGUGAAACGGCUGCAGCUCUUGGCAUGAUGCCUCAACCUGCUGUGGGUGGUAUCGCCUCAAGAGUUGGACAGGCUUUUCUUCAAGCUGGUCGAGAUCUGCAGAGAGAGGCUUAUGCCCAAGCCUCGGAGGAAAUGUCGAAAAAAGCAGAACAGAGACUUCGCAAUAUGAUACGAUCACAACGGAAAACGACUGUGAAGAAUGUAAUGCCGAAGUUCAUUCCAGCUACUUCAUUCAAGCAUGUUGGCCCAAUGUUCGAUGUUACCUGGAUGUCGUUUUUCUCUGGACUUUCUGGUCAGAUGCAGACCACUCAGAACAUUGAGGUCAUCAAACUCUGCAUGGAGGGCCUCAAGCUCGCUAUUCAAACCGCUUGCUUGUUUGACCUCGACACUCCUCGAACAGCCUUUGUGACCGCACUUGCCAGCUUCACGAACCUUGGUAAUUUGAGCGAAAUGAUGGCAAAGAAUCUCGAAGCGCUGAAGGUGCUCAUCGAAGUCGCUCAAUCGGAAGGAAACAUGCUCAAAGGAUCAUGGCGAGACGUCUUGACGUGUGUAAGCCAGCUGGAUCGAUUCCAGCUAAUCUCUGGGGGGUCGACGAAGGCGUUGUCCCUGAUGUCAACAGAGCUCGGAUUCAGAGAGCACCCGCAAAUACGUCUCGACGACAGCCUAAUCGCCCACGGCCAGCUGCAAUCGCGAACAAUUCCAGCUACCACAUUGAAAUAG